GGGUUCUUUCGGAGGAGUGCGGGGUCCUGAGCGGCUGCACCCACGGGCGCUGCGUUCGUUUGGGCGACGCCUUCACCUGCGCCUGCGACCCCGGAUUCCGCCUGGACCCCGCCCGCCUCGAUUGUCUGGGCGGCGCCGGCCCCGGGCGGCCCCCGAGCCCCGCCGAGCUCGAGCGGGCGGAGGAGCUGAAGGCCCGCGCCAACGAGUUCUUCAAAGCCAAGGACUACGAGAACGCGGUCAGGCUGUACAGCAGCGCCAUCGAGCUGAACCCGUCGAGCGCGGUGUUCUACGGCAACCGCAGCCUGGCGUACCUGCGCACCGAGUGCUACGGCUACGCCCUGGCCGACGCCACGCGCGCCCUGCAGCUCGACGCCAAGUACCUCAAGGGCUACUACCGCAGGGCGGCCAGCAACAUGGCCCUGGGCAAGUUCAAGGCGGCCCUCAAGGACUACGAGAUGGUGGUGAAGGUGAGGCCCCACGACAAGGACGCCAAGCUCAAGUUCCAGGAGUGUCACCGCAUGGUGAAGCAGAAGGCGUUCGAGAGAGCCAUCGCCAGCGACGAGCACAAACGCUCCGUGGUCGACUCGCUGGACAUCGAGAGCAUGACCAUCGAGGAUGAGUACAGUGGUCCCAAGCUGGAGGAAGGCAAGGUCACCUUGUCCUUCAUGAAGGAGCUGAUGCAGUGGUACAAGGAGCAGAAGAAACUGCACAGGAAAUGCGCUUAUCAGACAGAGAAGGUGACGGUGUGCGGCGACACCCACGGACAGUUCUACGACCUCCUGAACAUCUUCGAGCUCAACGGGCUCCCCUCCGAGGCCAACCCUUACAUUUUCAACGGGGACUUCGUGGACCGCGGCUCCUUCUCGGUCGAGGUCAUCCUGACGCUCUUCGGCUUCAAGCUGCUCUACCCCGACCACUUCCACCUGCUCCGAGGGAACCACGAGACGGACAACAUGAACCAGAUGUACGGCUUCGAGGGCGAGGUGAAGGCCAAGUACACGGCGCAGAUGUUCGCGCUCUUCAGCGAGGUCUUCGAGUGGCUCCCGCUGGCCCAGUGCAUCAACGGCAAAGUGCUGAUCAUGCAUGGGGGUCUCUUCAGCGAGGACGGCGUCACCCUCGAUGACAUCCGCAAGAUCGAGCGGAACCGGCAGCCCCCAGACUCAGGGCCGAUGUGUGACCUGCUGUGGUCGGACCCCCAACCCCAGAACGGCCGCUCGGUCAGCAAGAGGGGGGUCAGCUGCCAGUUUGGCCCCGAUGUCACCAAGCGCUUCCUGGAGCGGAACCACCUGGAGCUCAUCAUCCGCAGCCACGAGGUCAAGCCCGAGGGCUACGAGGUGGCCCACGAUGGCCGCUGUGUCACCGUCUUCUCCGCCCCCAACUACUGUGACCAGAUGGGCAACAAGGGCUCCUACAUCCACCUGCGGGGCAGCGACCUCCGCCCCGACUUCCACCAGUUCACAGCAGUGGAUGACCCCAAAUCCCACCAGAAUGAGCCCAAAUCCCAUCAGGAUGACCCCAAAUCCCACCAGAAUGAGCCCAAAUCCCAUCAGGAUGACCCCAAAUCCCACCAGAAUGAGCCCAAAUCCCAUCAGAAUGUCCCCAAAUGCCGCCGGAAUGACUGA